GAAGAAGAAAACGGGAGAGAGGAGUGCAGUGGUUUCCAAUGGUAGUUGAAUUCAGAAUCUCAGCAGAGAAGGGAAGAGUUCUGUUGUAUCACCGGAAAUGAGACCGAACAUUGUUACCGAGGCUGGAGUUCCAACUAGAGUUGGGCAGUGGUGGGAUUCUAUACCGUUCCUUACUUCAUCCGUGGUUGUAGUUUGUGGGGUCAUUUACGUGGUGUGCCUCUUGGCUGGAUAUGACUCUUUUUACGAAGUCUGCUUCUUACCCUCGGCAGUUCUAUCUCGGUUUCAAGUUUAUAGGUUUUACACAUCUGUUCUUUUUCAUGGAUCGUUGCUUCAUGUUUUGUUCAACAUGAUGGCAUUGGUUCCCAUGGGUUCUGAUCUGGAGAGGAUCAUGGGGUCUGUCCGUUUACUUUACCUGACAAUCCUGCUGGCAACAACCAAUGCCGUAUUGCAUCUUCUUAUUGCAUCCCUGGUGGCAUAUAAUCCUUUUCAUCCAUAUGAUCAGCUCAUGAAUGAAUGUGCAAUAGGGUUUUCGGGGAUCUUGUUUUCUAUGAUUGUCAUAGAGACAAGUCUCAGCGGAGUCCACUCGAGGAGUGUGUUCGGCCUCUUCAAUGUGCCAGCUAAAUUGUAUCCAUGGAUCUUAUUGAUAGCAUUCCAGCUCCUCAUGACAAAUGUUUCGCUGCUCGGGCACCUAUGUGGCAUUUUAUCUGGAUUUGCAUAUUCCUACGGCAUCUUGAACUUCCUGAUGCCUGGCUCUUCCUUUUUCUCCGCUGUUGAAUCCUCAUCAUGGCUGUCUAGUUUGGUAAGGCGGCCCAAAUUCAUACUGUGCACGGGCGGGAAUCCUUCCAGCUGCAUUCCCACCUAUUCUGGGCAAAACACGUCAUCUGGGGGUCUUUUUUCAGGAAAUGCCUGGAGAUCCUUGACUUCAUGGGUUCCACAGAGGGAGACAUCAGCUCAGUCAAUGGAAGACGGCAGAUUUCCUGGCAGAGGUAGAACCCUCGGCUCAACUCGUGUUCCCACUGUCCCCGCCAGCAAUGUAGACUCUAACCUCCAGGCUCGACUGCUGGAGGAUGACAGUCCAGACCGCGUCACGGAUGCAGCUGCCACUGUUACAGUCGACCCGCCUUCAGUCGGAAGGCAGGCGCCUCUACCGAACACGGGAGCCCCUCCACAGUCUCAGGGACUUGUUACUGCUUCCGAAGAACAAAUAAAGAACCUCGUCUCCAUGGGCUUCGACAGGACGCAAGUGGAGGUGGCGCUCGCUGCUGCUGACGAUGACGCUACCGUAGCUGUGGAGAUCCUAAUGAGCCAACAGGGCUAACAAGUCCGAAGAAAACCACCCCCCAACUUGGCUUGUGCUGUAUCUGUCUUGUUUUGCUCCAUCUGACAUUUUCAAAGACCUUCACUACACUUUGUAGUUAUCCCAUUAUAUGGGUGGAAAGUGACAAGCAAUUGCCGGAUUCCGACAA